AUGUAUCGUGCAUCAAGUUACUUAAAAUUGUUCUCCACUGUGUGCGCCUUAACGUUUAUCUUCCUGAGUGAAUUCCAUCACUGUGCGUAUGAGAAGGAGGAUCAAAAUGUAGACCUCUUUUCCGAGGCGCACGAGCUGCUGGAGCAGGGCGAGUACGCCAAGUCCUUCGCCUUCCUAAGGACAUGCGUGCACUACGAUAUAAGGUGCCUAACGCUGAGUGGAGUGUUCUACUACCUGGGUCUCGAGCCCGUGGAGAGGGACGUUGGCAACGCGCUGUACAUAUGGAAGGUGUGCGCAGAUUAUGGAAGCGCUGAUGCGCAGUUCUACCUGGGCAUUAUGUACUCAAAUUAUUUGUCCCUUCCAAAUUUAUACUCGUACUAUGUGGAGGAGCCGCAGAUAGAAGACACGUUCGUUUUGCUCAGAUUGUACCUGCACCUGGAAGGGGCCUAUUUAAGGAGGAGCGUGUUCGAGUGCUUACGAGGAGGAGGUGUAAAAUGCCAAUUGUGGGGGAAAGACGAAGGGGAUAACGGAAACAGCCCUACUCAGGAUGGAAGGAUUUUUCGAGCACCCCCAGUGGUCACACUCACAAGAAACAAUAAAAUAAUUGUUCAGAUAAAAAAUAUUAGAUAUAACACAGAAGAGUUGAAAUGGUAUUUUAAGCAAAUAGAAAAAUUUCCCAAUAGGGAUUACCUAGAAAAAAAUGGAAACAAAUUAUACUUCACGCGAAAUCAUAACUUAAGUUUGUUAUACCUUUACAGUAGUAGUUUGGGUAACCAUCCUGGAAGUAUUUUAUCGUUGGGGAUAAGAUAUAUGAAUGGUUAUGGGGUGGAGAAGAAUUGUGAAACUGCAUCUAAGUACUUUUUAAAGCUAACAAACGGGAUCAUCAAUGCAGAUAGUAGAACCCAUUUCGAAAUGACUGAUUUGAUAAAGCUAAGCAUACCACGUUAUGAACAGUACACUAUGAAUAAUAAAAAAAUUCGAAAUAUUGAACUUUUUAUAGAAACGUCUUUACAUGACAACCACAGAAUACUGACCAUGAUCGCACGCAGGUACCUCAUGGGCAUAUACGGGGUUGAAAAAAAUUACAAAAAAGCACUCGCAUAUCUAAUCAGGGCAGCAAAGUAUGAUAAUUCCGAGGCCAUAUCUUUAUUAGGUUAUAUAUAUCUCCUAGGGUUAGGUGUAAAAAUGGAUUAUAGUAAAGCUACUGAUUAUUUUAUUAGAGGAAAUAAAUUGAACGACCCUUUAAGUUAUAAUGGGCUAGGGUAUAUACACUUCUUUGGGUUAGGGACUUUUAAAAAGAAUCCCCAUUUGGCAUUUUAUUAUUUCGAGUUAGCUGCAAAGAGUAACUUGUCAGCAGCUCAGUUCAAUUUAGCAUGUUUGUAUUUAAGUGGCGUUGGAAUUACACAAUCUUUUCACAACGCUUUCUACUGGUUUUACAAGUCAUUAAAUAAUGGAAAUGUGUUAGCUGCUUACAUUAUAGGGUUCAUGCACUACAAUGGGAUCAUCAUCAACAGAAAUUGCAAAGUGGCUUUGUCUUUGCUGGCCAAGGUGGCUGAAAAUAACUCCUUCGUGUUGAACACCUCUAAUAAAAUUAUUAGAUAUACAGAAAAGGGAAGAAUGAAAGAGGCUUUGUUCCUCAUGGCUCAACUUGCAGAAACGGGAAAUGUUCAAUCACAAAUAGGCAUAUCUCAAUAUAUUAACAACCCUAAAUUUGCUCUCUUCUUACCCUCUAAUGAUAAAGCGAAGAAAGUUUAUGCUAGUAGAUUCCUCGCCAUGGCUUCAGAAAAUAAUGAUUUUAAAUCACUUUUCACUCUUGGCGAUUACGCUUAUCAGGGGCACGGUUUGUACGUCAGCAUAUAUCCCAAGAACAGCUUACCUUUUGACCCACUCUACGAUGUAAACCCUGGUGCGUGUCUCUUCCGGUCCGGUGCCGUGAGGAAGACUAAGCAGCUUGGCGGGGAUGAAAAGGUUAAGCAGAGUGACGAAGUAAUCUCCGCCGACUUUGUGGACGAACAGGGCCUCAUCUUCAACGACCGCUGGCGGUUCAACUACGGACUAAUGUUCUUCUUUAACGAGGUAGAUUACCAGCUAGCCUAUCACCAUUACAAAAGCAUUAUUUCGCACUACCCAAACAACUUUUACGUUAUUCAAACCCUAGCGCGGGCCUGCUACAACUUAGGGUUCAUGCAUUAUUACGGCAUAGGGGUAGCCAAAAAUAUUCACAAGGCCUUAGUCUAUUUCAAUUCAUCUAUUAAAAUUUACCCCACACAUAAGGCCCCCUCCGUUUUGUUUGUGCUGUAUAUAAAGUUUAACAAGCAUUUGUACAACUUCAAGAAGAAGUUUCAGCACCUGAAGUGGUUUCUGCCGGUGUAG